GCCGCCGCCGUCGUCACACACCGCCGCGGAGCUAGCCGUCGAGGAAGACGAGGCGCGCCUGGGGGGCGUCGAUGGCCGCGACGUCCUUGUUGCCGUCGGUGAUUGUGCACGUCGUCGUCGUCGCCGCCGCCGCCGCGCUCUUCCUGCGUCCCUGCGCUGCCCAGAGCCGCGCCGCGAACAUCUCGGCCGUCGAGGCCGCCGUCCGGGACCGCGCGCUCGAGCUGCUCCGCGGCGCGGGACAUCUCGUGGACGUGCCCCUCCCGGCGAACCUCUCCGACGCGGGCGUCCAGGCCUCGGCGCUGCGCAUGCGCAGCAACGCGCUCUGGGCCGACGGCGUCAGCGCCGCCGCCGGCUCGUCCGGGGUCGUGUUCGCCAUCCCGCCGCGCGUCGUCCCGGCCCCGUUCGCGCGCCGCGUCGCCAUCGUCUUCGAGCGCUUCGCCGGCGACGGCGGCACGACAGCCGGAGCGGCGCUCUUCGCCGCGCCGCGCGGGUACGCGCUGGCCGCGCCCGUGGUCGGUCUCCUCGCGUACGACGCGUUGGCGGGCCACGACGCCCGGGUCUCGCUCCGGGCGCUCGGCGCGCCGGUGCGCGUCGAGUUCAAGAACCUGUCGUCGCCAGCGGCGGGGAAUGGGUUCAACGCCAGCACCGCGCGGUGCGUGACGUUCGCGGCCAGCGGGGAGGUCGCUGCCACGCACUCCGUGGCGUCGGGCCCGGCGUGCGCGGUGACCGGCACGGGCCACUUCGGCAUAGCGGUGCGGGUGCCUGAGACGCCGCCGGCAGCCUCGGCCUCGAUGUUGAGGGCGAGGUGGUGGGCGUGGGCGGUGGGCGUCGGCGCCGGCGGCGUGCUGGGAGCCAGCGUCUUGGUGCUCGCCGUGGCCGGCGCGGUGAGCUGGAGCAGGAGGCGCCGGAGGGAGGAGAUGGAGCUGCGGGCAAUGGCCGGGGAGGAGCUGGGGAGGAUGGCGGUGCGUGGGAGCACGAUGCCGUCCGGGAAGGUGAUGAGGACGCGGCCGGAGAUGGUGGAGAGUCCGUCGUGGCGGUAGGCGUACCUGAGCGGCUGAGCUCCUCUCCGAGUUGCACCGGCCGGCGCCAGCUCGUGACCGUGGGAGAUCUUGCAACGUUCUG